AUGUCACGAAAAAGCGCCAUGUCAUCUACGUUCGAAUCAUCGAUGUCGACUAGCCGACAGCCCCUCGGCCCAUCGCUGGCCGAUACCCUACCCAGCAUCAACUUUGGCUUCGAUGAGCUGCGCGAUCGCAUGGCCAAGUUCACAGCAAAGUUCGACGCUUUCAUCGAGCAAGGGCGCAAGCGCGUGCUGGAGGAGAGGAACCAGUUUAGGAUGAACGUGGCAGAGCUUCAGGAGGACCAGCGCAUGAAGAAGAAGGACAUUGAAAUCCUCCAGCUCAAAACGAACACCUACCAACAGACCAUGGCUAAGGAGGCCGCCGAAACACGCGAGAUGCAACAAGCCAUCGCUUCGCUCACGGAACAGCGCGAUAAACAAGCCGCGAUGCGCGACGCUUUGAAAGAGCAAAUUGCUGCUACACAAAGGGAGAUUGAUGCGCGUCUAGCAGCGCAAAGGGCGCACGCUGCGCAACUGGAGGCGCAGGCAAGGUACAACGUGCCAGAACUGGAUUUCUGGGUAACGAACCUGUGCAUGCGGAUCGAGGGUGCCGGAGCAGAGGACAGGCUCAAGUUUGUGUACACGCACAUUGAUGAGAGGAACUGGGAGCGGGAGGCAUGGUUCGAGCUGAGUAUGAGUGGGAGGGACUACGAUGUGAGGCAUUGUAGGCCAAAGCUAGAGAGGGAGAAGGUGGAAAAAGUGCUGGACCGGGUAAAUGAGACUAGAGAGCUCGUGGUACUACUCAAGGGCAUGAGAGAGUUGUUUGUUGAGUCUAUGAAGUCUUGA